CAUGUAGGCAACACCAUGCUACUACUACCUGCAGCCAUUGCACUACUUUGCGCUGGUGUCGCGGUUGCGGACUCCAGGUUGGCAGAACUGGACGCAGAUACUAGGGAAAUGCUGCAGAUGCUACACAACACGUGCGUGGAGCAAACUGGGGUGGACGAGGGUCUUAUUGACAAAGCCAGGCAUGGAGAUUUCUCUGAAGACGACAAGCUCAAGGAGUACCUGGGUUGUGCCUUCCAACAGACUGGGGCGCUAAGUGAAGACGGAGAAGCCGAUUACGACACGUUGCUCGGGAUGUUGCCUGACCAGUUCCAGGAGCGAGCAGGGAAAAUGAUAGACAAGUGCAGGCACAUCCGAGAGAACAGCGCUGCAGCCACGGCCUUCGAACUCAACAAGUGUCUUUACAAAGCAGAUCCCGAAUAUUAUUUCAUCAUUUAACCGAGUGGAGCGCUUCAUGCUCAGUAAGAAACGCUGAAAUGGAGACAAAUGCCAAGGCAGCAGUGAUAUUCGACUUGAGCAAACAUCAAUAAAAUCGACACAAUAAGAACUUGCAUCUCCAGAUUUAAUUAUUCAAAAUAUAUAGAAAAUAUCCAAUGUACUGAAGGCUAUUUCUAGCAUUUACUAUCCCACUGGCACGCAAGCAAAACAGGCACAACCCUCAUAAUUUUAUAUAUCCCUGAUUUCUGCAAUACAAGUCCCUUACAACGUUACGAAUGCAUUUGUUUUCUUGAAAAAACACGAAUACAGGUUAUGGCAAACAUGAGGCUUGAGGAAGUAAUAAAAAUGAAGGGCUGUGGGGAUUUGAUUGGAACUCAGAUGAGUUGCACACAAUACACCUAAAUAUACAUACGAAAUAAUAUUGUAUUGUAGCAUCUUGUUGAAAUCUUCAAUUUUUAUAAUAAAUCUUAAUUUAAAAUCUUACGUGCAAAUAUUUAUUAAAUUAAAAGUUUAAAAUUUCUAAACUUUAAAGUAAUAAAUAGUUGUACAUAAGACUGUAACAUAAGAUUUAUAAUGAGAACGCAUACGAAAAUAAAAUAUUUAUUGCUUCCUUCAACACAAUAAUUCUUUAAGAAACACACAAAUGAAUAUCAACAUUGAAGUCAUAAAUCUUAAAGGCAUGACAUCUUUCGACCAUUAUUGGGUCAUCAUCAGGAGUGGGUUACUGUUAAGUUGUUGUAUUUGUACCCAGUGUGGACCCAUGAUAUCUGUACACUAUACAAUAUCACACUUGUAACAAGACACUCAGGAUUAUGUACUGCGAGAAAAGCAAUUGGCCUGAGAAUGGUUGAAUCAUUACGAAUCCAGUUAAAUGUCAAAUUAAAGCUAAAAGUAUUAAAAUUAAAAUAAGAAUAUA